AUGUGACAAUUGACUAACUCUAACUAUUUUGUUUACGUCCGUUAAUAGAAAGGCAAAAAGGGAAAAGAAACAUUGAACUCAGUGAUUUCAGCACUUACAUCCCUGUCAUUUUUGCACCUAAAAACCCCUUUCAAAAUAUCGGAUUCUACCUGCCUGAGAAUCUACAGUUUGCCGCCGCUGUGAGACUCCUGUUCUUUUCAAGAUCAGCGUUUCUGAUGACAAAAUCAUCACCGCUGCUCUAUUCUCAGAACAAGGGGCUAUUUGGCCCGGAGAAUCGCCGGGAGGGGUGCCACCGCCGCUGUUUUUCGUUCGAAGGAAGUAGGGGAUGAAUGAGAGAGAAUGACUGCAGCCACUGCUGUUUUGCCCAAAGACUGCUCGGCGAGGCGACGAACCCUUCAUUCUCUCUCCCUCUCGGCACAGCCGUCACAGGUGACGACAGCCACCGACGAAGGACUCCCUCCCUCUCUUUCUCUCUUCGACCCUUCGUUCUCUCUCCCCCAAUUCACCCUUGUCCAUGUUUCAUCAUCGCCACUGCAGCAAGUUGCAGCAGCGGCGGACCCCUCCACGCACUCGGAUACAGACGACGAGUGUUAUCAGAGCUCUUCAGGCAUUCCACCGGACAAGGAGGGAAGAGGGAAACUAAACCGAUCCCAUCUGCUCGGAGAUGAUAUCUUCAUUGGACGACGAUGAGUGGCGUGCUCACAAGAAGAUAACACACAUCGUCUUGGCUUCCAAGGAGUUCCGGAGUUUCACGGCCAGCGUGAGCAGGAAGCUGGUGGGUGAUGGACUCUUGAGCUUGAUGCUUCAGGCUGCUAAGCAUGGCAACGUCCUGGAUUUGGAAGAUGUGUUCAUGAGGUUUGCAUUUAACAGUGUCUACACGGUUGUCCUCGGCAGAAACCCGAACUCGUUCUCUUUGAGCUCUGCUGCUUAUGAGAUUGCUAAAGCCAUCGACGACGGGACGGAAGGUGUGUUCCAUAGGCACAUCAUGCCCAGGAAGCUGUGGAAGCUGUUGGGUUGGUUGGGGGUCGGGAGUGAGGGGAGACUGGGCAGAGCUCGGAAGAUCAUAGAUCGUCACUUGUUAGAGCACAUUUCGUUGAAAAGAGAAGAGCUACGCAAAGGGGUGCAGGGAAGUGAUUUGAUAGCUAUGUACACGAGUUCUCAAGCUCAGAAUGGAGAAAGCAAGGCUUACAGUGGUAUGUUCCUCAGAGACACUGCAUUGGGCUUCCUGUUUGCUGGCCGGGACUCGACGGGAACGUCUCUCACUUGGUUCCUCUGGUUGGUUUCCACAACCCCUCGCAUGGAGGAAAAGAUCCUGGAUGAAUUGAUGCAGUUAAAGAAGAAGAAGAUCAAAAGCAGAGAUCAGGGUGUUUGAUUCAGAAGAUCUCAAGGAUCUGGUGUAUUUCCAUGCAGCCAUGUGUGAAUCCUUGAGGCUGAACCUGCCACUUCCGCUCACCAGAAGAGGUGUUAUCAAAGAAGAUGUGCUUCCUGAUACGGACGGGGAGGUCUUAGUUAGAAGAGAGAGAGAGAGAGAGUGGGGAGUCAGGGUACGAGGGCAAUAUUGGGUUUUAAUCAUUAACACGGAUGCUUUAAGGAUGUUAAGGACAGGAGUAGAGUUAGUCAAUUGUCACAGUGUAAGUCAAUUUUCAAACAGUAAAGUCA